UUUGUUCAUCUCAUCUCCCCCACACUAUCAGAGUCCUAAUCUUCAAGUCAAAGAUCAAUGGAAGAAUACCCGGAGGAGCUGCGAACGCCACCGGUGGCAUUAGCGUGUUUGGUGGGGUGUCCCGAUGUGCACUCCCUCAUCACGGCGCACCUCCACUCCCAGCAGCCCCCUAUUAAUGCCAUCGCAUUGCCCGAUUUCUCUAUGAUCUCCGUCAUCCCCCCUAAGAAACCCCCUCGAGAUAUUUCCGACCCCAUCCGCGGCAUUCUCAGGUCAGAUUGGCUUUCCAAGCACCGUACUAGGAUUCCUUCCGUCGUUGCCGCUCUUUUUACCUCUAAUCAUGUUUCCGGCGACCCCGCCCAAUGGCUCCAGGUCUGCACCGAUCUCGAAAAUCUCAAGGCCACAAUUCGUGGGAGGAACAUCAAAUUGGUGGUGGUGGUUGUCUCUCAGUCUGGUCAUAAAGAUGUCACGAGUGAAGAUCGCAUGAUUGCGCUGAGGAAACGUGCAGAAGUAGAUUCGAAAAACCUUAUCGUUUUUGUACCGGAUGACCAAUUGGAACUUAUACAAUCUCUAAGCAGGCUCUGGACUGCAUUCACAGAUCUGGCAAAUAUAUAUUACCGAGAUGAGGGACGAAGAAUAAAAGUGCGCCUUGAAAAGAAAAGUUCCAGCUCGAUGGAGUUAAAUAUCCGUUACUGUUUCAAAGCUGCUGUGUAUGCAGAAUUUCGAAGAGACUGGCUUGAAGCUCUUAAGCUAUAUGAGGAUGCGUAUCAUGCUCUGCGGGAGAUGGUUGGAACAUCAACAAGAAUGCCGCCAAUCCAACGCUUAGUUGAGAUCAAAACUAUUGCUGAGCAAUUGCAUUUUAAGAUGUCAACGUUGUUGCUGCAUGGUGGAAAAGUUGUAGAAGCAAUUGUGUGGUUCCGCCAGCACACUGCUAAUUAUAGAAAACUUGAGGGAGCUCCUGAUGUUAUUUUUCUUCACUGGGAAUGGUUAAGCAGGCAACACUUAGUAUUUGCUCAACUGUUGGAGACAAGCUCAAGCGAUGUUCUGCAGGUUCCAAGUAUGGUCUCAGUUCCUGCAGAGAAACCAACUGAAUGGGAAUUUCAUCCAGCUUACUACUAUCAGCUAGCAGCUAGCUAUCUGAAGGAAAAGAAUUUAUCUUUGGAGUUUGCAAUAUCUAUGUCAGAAUAUGUUGGUCCAAUUGAUGUGAGUGCAGAGUCUGUGGUUGCUUCUGUCUAUUUUGGUCAGUUUGCCAGGUUACUUGAGCUAGAGGAUACUUACAUAAUGCAAUCCCUGACAGAUGAUGAAUAUGUUUGUUAUACACUUGCUGAAGGGAAGAGGCUCCAGGACUCCUCUGAAAUUAUUGCUCUGCUAAAGAGAUCUUUUGAAGCCUACAAUAACUUGAAAGCUGAGAGGAGAGCCGCGUAUUGUGGAUUUCAAAUGGCUAGAGAAUAUUUUUUGUCAAAUGAAUUUAUUCAAGUGAAAGACUUCAUAGAAUAUUCACUUGAAAUGGCUGCACUGCCAGAAAUAAGUGAUGCUGUUGAGCUAUCAUCUAAAGAAUGUGGUCCAGCUGGGCCUGCAACUUUUUCACAGAGAGCAAAGAUACACAAGGAAGCGUUUGAGGUUGCGAGGGGGGAAUCAGAACUUCAUCUGAAAGAACAAAACAGUCACCUCAAAGUAAAUAGUGACUAUCCUCUUUAUGUUGAGAUUGAUCUUGUGAGUCCCCUAAGGGUGGUGCUUCUUGCUUUGGUUGCUUUUCACCAACCAAUAAUUAAGCCAGGUGCUCCGUCUCUCAUCACUAUAUCACUUCAAUCCCAAUUGCCAAUAAAUGUCGAGAUCGAUCAGUUGGAGGUGCAGUUUAAUCAAUCAGAAUGUAAUUUUAUCAUUGGGAAUGGUCAGAAGACAAACACAGCUGCCAUUUCCCAUAUACAACCAGGUCGCAGAGUCGAGACAGCUCCCGCGCUGGUGCUUGCUUCUAACAAAUGGCUGAGGUUGACAUAUGAGAUAAAAUCUGAGCAAAGUGGAAAGCUUGAGUGCAUAUAUGUAAUUGCAAGAAUAGGACCAUACUUCACAAUAUGCUGCAGAGCCGAAAGUCCUGCUUCGAUGAACGAUUUACCACUUUGGAAAUUUGAGAACCUACUAGACUCGCUAACA